GAGGUCACCAAACGUUUGUCUCUGCCUGCAGACAUCAGACUACCAGAAAACUUCCUGGCCCAGCAGUCCUUGUCUCUGAGUCCAGAUGGUCAGCUGACCCGGAGGUCACGGAGAAAAUCUCUGUCGGAGAUUGGGUUUGGAAAGAUUGAAUCUUACACAAAGUUGGAUAAACUUGGGGAGGGCACCUAUGCGACUGUGUUUAAGGGCAAGUCCAGGCUGACAGAUAAUUUGGUGGCUUUAAAAGAGAUUCGACUUGAGCAUGAGGAAGGAGCCCCUUGUACGGCCAUCAGGGAGGUGUCGUUACUACGUGACCUGAAACAUGCCAACAUCGUGACCCUACAUGACAUCAUUCACACUGACAAGUCCCUGACGUUAGUCUUUGAGUAUUUAGAGAAAGACCUCAAACAGUACAUGGAUGACUGUGGGAACAUCAUGAGUAUGACCAAUGUUAAGUUGUUUUUGUUUCAACUCCUGCGAGGCCUUUCUUACUGUCACAAACGACGAGUACUUCAUAGGGAUCUCAAACCACAGAAUCUGUUGAUCAACGAGAGAGGGGAGCUCAAGUUAGCUGACUUUGGUCUGGCCAGGGCCAAGUCGAUACCCACCAAAACAUAUUCCAACGAGGUUGUGACGCUCUGGUACCGACCGCCGGAUGUCUUGCUGGGCUCAACAGAGUAUUCCACAUCAAUAGACAUGUGGGGAGUGGGCUGUAUAUUUUAUGAAAUGGCUUGUGGAAGACCAUUGUUCCCAGGAUCCACAGUGGACGAUGAGCUGCACUUGAUCUUCAAGACAUUAGGUCUGCCCACAGAAGACUCAAUGCCGGGCAUCAGCAAGAAUGAGGAUUUUAUAGCCUAUCACUUCCCUAAGUUUCAGCCAGAUAAUCUCAUCAACAUAGCCCCCAGAUUGGAUUCUGUUGGUUUAGAUUUGUUGGAUAAGUUCCUGAAGUACAACCCCGGGACACGGCUGUCAGCCUGUGAAGCCAUGAAGCACUCAUUCUUUGACUGUCUAGGAUCAGGAGUUCAUAAACUUCCAGACACUGUCUCAAUUUUUACAAUCCAAGGGAUCACCCUACAUCGUGACCCUGGCUUGAGGUCAUCAUCAUUAGCAACCACAG